AUGGUGGGCAAAAGCACUGGCCUGCAAGCACCAUGGUGGUCGACAAGAACAAGCACCUUACUUACCAAAGGGGGCAUGAAAGCAGCCAAGAAGAUAGUGGUUGAUCCAUUUUCUCAGAAAGAUCAGUAUGAUGUUAAGGCACCAGCUAUGUUCAAUAUAAGAACUAUUGUGAAAACACUGGUCACAACAAUUCAAGCAACCAAAAUUACAUCUGCUGGACUCAACGGUCAUGUUUUUGAAGUGAGUCUUGCUGAUCUGCAGAACAAUGAAGUUGCGUUUAGAAAAUUCAAGCUAAUGACUGAGGAUGUUCAGGGCAAAGUCUGCCUGACCAACUUCCAGAGCAUGGAUCUUACCCAUGACAAAAUGCGCUCCGUGGUCAAAAAAUGGCAGACCACAAUUGAAGCUCAUGUUGAUGUCAAGACUACAAACAGUUAUUUGCUUUGCCUGUUCUGUGUUGGUUUUACUAAAAAACACACCAAUCAGAUCCAGAAGAUAUCUUAUGCUGAGCAUCAACAGAUCCAUCAGAUCCAGAAGAAAAUGAUGGAAAUCAUGACCCAAGAAGUACAGACAAAUGACUUGAAAGAAGUGGUCAAUUCAACGGCAUUUAACAACAAUGACAGCAUUGGAAAGGACAGAGAGAAGGCUUGCCAGUCUAUUUACCCUCUCCAUGAUGUGUUUAUCAAGAAAGUAAAAAUGCUGAAGAAGCCCAAGUUUGAGUUGGGAAACCUCAUGGAGCUUCAUGGUGAAGGCAGUAGUCCUGGAAAAGCUACUGGAGAUGACACAGGUACUAAAGUUGAACGAGCUGAUGGCUAUGAACCGCCAGUUCAAGAAGCUGUUGAAAAAUCAGAUGUUUAA